AUGUCAAUAGAUACUCUAGUCCAGUCGGUUACUACAUAUCGACGUCGCUCUCCGUUGGGAUUCUUGUAUGGCGGACCGUUUGCCAUUUUCUACGCUAUUUGGGCGUACUACUGGGUGAACGUGUUGGGCUUCAACGACUACUACGAAUUAGGAUGUAUUGGCGUAGCUGUGAUAGCAAUCUUUCAAGUAUGUUUAUUGCUUUGUUUAUUUUAAAUUUAGGUUAAUAUGAAGGUGAAUUAGCAGAGUUAUGGACGAUAUUAACCUUGAUAUGAAGUUUGAUGAAACAAUUUUGGUUUUUUGGAAACAUAGUGCCUAAAACACGACGAGCUUUACUUCUUGGUACUAAAAGAGUUUGUUUCAGGUUUUGACAGUUUUAUUUUGUUAUUGGUUUGUGGAAGUCAACUGUUUAUUUACGUGUAAUUUUGUUUCUGAUCCAACUAAAGCAAUAUUAGCCAAAGUAGUGCCACAGCCUAACAAUGGAUGGACGGAAUUGGUGCCAAUUCAAAAAACAAAGGUAGUUAUAAAUACUUUCCAAACUUUUAAUCUUUGAAUUAAUAUUUUUUUUUAAUAAAGAAAGUUACUAAAAAAAGUCUCAUGGUUAAUAUCUUUUAGUUGACAAAUGGGGACGUGCAAACAUGGUUUCUUUUCCAAAAGAUAACUUAUUUUUACAAUGAAAAUAAAAAGGAGUUUGAAUCUAUAAAAUACGACACUUCACGGACAUUGAGCGAGUUUUAUGAACAUAAAGGCUUCGAAUCUGAUGAGCAAAUUCAGCAAAGUAAACUAAAAUACGGGAAUAAUGAGUAAGUUAAUUGUUUUUCAGAUGUUUUAUGUUUUUAGGUAUUUGGUUGUUAAAUAUGAAGUACAUUGUAUAAUAAAUGAUCAUCUAAACUGAUUUUUUUAGCAUGGAAAUGUCGAUUCCUCUGUUCAUGGACUUGUUUAUCGAAAGAGCUACUGCACCCUUCUUUGUGUUCCAGGUAACAUCAUUUUUUAAGCAGUACAGUGUAAUUUCUGUUACUUAUUGUCAAACAUUUGUCUUUCUUUAGUAUUUUUUACUUCAGAAAUUUUACAUUGUGUUGUUUUAGGCUCUACAGAGACUAUUUUAACAUAACAGUUAAAUUAUUGCUUUUCAGGUUUUCUGUGUUGGAUUAUGGUGCUUAGAAGACAUGUGGUACUAUUCACUGUUCACUCUAGUCAUGUUAAUGACAUUUGAAGCGAUGAUUGUUAAACAGCAGCUCAAAAACAUGCAAGACAUCAGGAAUAUGGGUAACAAACCAUACAUGAUUUAUGUGAGUUUUUUACCGUCGUACUACUUUUAGGUUUUCUACUGUUAUAUAAUCUGUUUGUGCAUAAUAUAACAUUAGUUUUGUUAAAAUACGUGAUUAAAUGUUUUUUUUAUUAAACAAAACAAAAAAGAAUUUUUUUGAAUUUUUAAUGUUUAGGCCUACCGCAAUCGCCGAUGGAACAGAGUAGCUUCAAACGAACUGGUCUUUGGUGAUAUCGUGUCAAUCAACCGGUCGAGUGAGGAAAAGUCGGUUCCAUGCGAUUUGCUAUUGAUUCGUGGUCAAUGUAUCGUUGACGAAUCAAUGUUGACUGGUGAAAGUGUACCACAAAUGAAAGAACCAAUUGAGGAAACUGACAGAAGAAAGGUGUUUGAUUUUGGAACAGAUGGAAAGCUGCAUGUGAUCUAUGGUGGUACUAAGGUUGUGCAACAUAAUCCACCAGGUAGGCUAAUAUCGUUUUAUUUUUGUUGUUGAUUUAGUUUUUGAGCGGAUUUUUUGUUAGGGGAAUGGUUAUAGGGUGUUGUUUAAUUGUUUUAAUUUUUAAAUUGCUUGUAUAAGCCGUUUUUGAUAAACGAAGGAGAAGUUAUAUUGUUUUAGGGCAUUGUAAGGUGUUUAUUGCCUUUGAUUAUAACUUUUUUCAUAUAAGGUAAAGUUACUUUGUUUUUUGAAAUUUUAAAUAAUUAAGGCUACACCUUUAUUUAAUGGCAUAAACGUUUUAGUCUAUACAUAAUUUUUCAGUCAAAAUUAAAAUUUAUAUUGUUAUAGGCAAGACAGACCCAGGCAUGAAAUCUCCAGACAACGGUUGCAUCUGCUACGUUCUUCGUACAGGCUUCAACACUUCACAAGGCCAGCUACUCAGAACCAUAUUAUUCGGGGUAAAACGGGUUACAGCGAACAAUCUCGAGACUUUUGCAUUUAUCUUAUUCUUGAUGAUCUUUGCUAUCGCCGCGGCAGCUUAUGUGUGGAUCAAAGGAACCGCGGAUCCAGAUAGAAACAAGUACAAGUUGUUCUUGGAAUGUUCAUUGAUUAUCACUAGUGUUAUUCCACCAGAGCUUCCGAUUGAACUGUCAUUGGCAGUCAACAAUUCGCUCAUUGCAUUGCAAAAAUUGGGUAAAUUUUAAUAUUUUCGAAGUUUUUUUUUGAAAUUUUGUGUAUUUAAAUAUAAGGAACGUUUAAUACAAGAUUAUUGAGCUUUUAAGAUGACUAUUAGUAUCAUAUUAAUUCAGAAUUUAGAACAGCAUUACCUGAAAACUUUAAAAUUUUUACUUACAAUAUAUUGUUAUAGGCGUCUUCUGCACAGAACCCUUUAGAAUUCCGUUUGCUGGCAAGAUUAACAUUUGUUGUUUUGACAAAACUGGAACAUUAACUACAGACAAUCUUGUGGUAGAAGGAAUUGCUAAAGGUACAGAUAAAAAUGGCAAGAUUGAUAUUGUAAAGAACCCGGCCGAUGUUGAUCAGAACUCGAUAAGAGUACUGGCUUCAUGUCAAAGUUUGGUCAGAUUUGACGAUGAAUUGGUUGGGGAUCCGAUGGAGAAGGCGUGUUUGAAUUGGAUCGACUGGAAUGUUAGUAGAAGUGAGUUUUUUUUGGCAAUUUCUAAUUUUUUAAUUAAAAAGAAUAUUUUAAAUCAUUUUUCAAAAUGUAGCUUUUAUUUUAUUAAAAAUUGAAAUUAUAGGUGAUUCUGUAAUCCCAAAGAAGUCAAAAAUGCUACCACUGAAGAUUGUGCAGCGUUAUCACUUUUCUAGUCAAAUGAAGAGGAUGACAGUCGUGGCUAGCUACAUUCCUCAAGGCAUGACUGAACCACAACAUUUGGCUGUACUCAAAGGUGCUCCAGAAGUAUUAAGAGCUAUGGUAGGGUUUUAUAAAACGAAAUUUUAGUAUUAGUAUAUUAAGUACAAUACGAUGGACGGUGCAUCACAGUGCGGUGUCAUAUUUUAUUAUAGUUGAUACUCAUGGUUAUGGUUACGUUUUUUUUUAAAAUUAAGUUUAACGGUAUUAAAAGUUGUCGUUUUAGUACAAGAACUUACCAGCUGAUUACGAUGAAACGUAUCAAGAGCUUGCUCAAGCCGGCAGUCGUGUACUAUCACUUGGUAUUCGAGAAAUGGGCGGUUUAUCACAUGCAGAGGUAAUAUUGAGGAUCUUUGGUUUUUUGUAGUAGGAUGUUCAAAUAAUUCUGUGCAUAUUUUAAAGAAUAUGUUGGGGAGGGGGGCACAUAAUUAUUUGAACAACUUAAUAUUUAAUGUUUUCUUUUGAUUACAUUGAUUAUUGUAGAUAAGAAACAACAAACGUGAGGACUACGAAAAGGACCUUGAAUUCGCCGGAUUUGUAGUCAUCUCGUGCCCAUUGAAGCCGGAUACAAAGGAAAUGAUCAAAGAAAUUGUGGAUUCUUCACAUUCAGUACGUUUUUUGCAAUUUUAAGCUUUUAAGGUAGUUCGAGUAAUUACGUGCUUCCUAAAUCCGAAAAUGUAAUUUCAGAGGGGGCGCAGAACUUUUUGAACAAUUUAAUAUAACUUUAUUUUUUGAGUUUUUUGGAUUUUUUAUUAUUUUAAAUUGAAAUAAUAAGUUGCAUUUUAAAAUAAAGUUUAAAAUAUUUUUCAGGUAAUAACUUAAAGUUUUUGAUUGUUUUUCAAUUUUUAGGUGACAAUGAUAACCGGGGACAACCCUCUAACAGCCUGCCAUGUUGCUGCUGUACUUCAUUUUACCAAAAAGUCGAAAAAAGUUUUAAUUUUGGACGAAUCGGAAAACGAUGAUCAUUGGUCAUGGAAAUCAGUUGAUGGCAAGACAAAACUGAAUGAUCUAGCACCAGAAACAAAGGCUGAAAUCAAACAAUUUGUAAAGGAAUACGAGUUUUGCCUAACCGGGCAUGGUUACGAUCAUUUGGUACGAGAAUAUCCUAAAUUUGUUGAUGUCAUACUACCACAUGUGAGGGUUUUUGCUAGAAUGUCACCAAAAAAAAAGGUAAGAUAAGAAGUUAGGUUUUAUAUUAUGAUAUUAGGUUGUUCAAAUAGUUCUUUGAUCUCUAACCUCGAAAAUUUGCUUUGAGGUGGGCAAAGAAUUAUUUGAACCACCUAAUAGUGUACCAUUUUUCUUUUGAUUAAAAUGAUGGUUUUAGCAAAUUAAUGCCAUUUUUUAAGAUAAUAUGUUUCAGGAACACGUAGUAAAUCGGCUGAAGCACUUAGGCUACACCACUUUGAUGUGUGGUGAUGGAACCAAUGACGUCGGAGCCUUAAAGCAUUCUCAUGUUGGUGUAGCACUUCUCUCUCAUCCAUAUGAUCCACAAAAGGAAGCUGAACUACAAGAGCAAAAGAAACAGAAAGUAAACCAAAUCAGAGAAGUGGCGGAGAACGUACGAAAAGUGAAUCCAAAUGAUUUGCCAAGCCGAUUAGGUGGACCAAAGAAGCCAGACGCUCAAGUAGACCAGAAGAAGAUGCCUAAUAAUCCACAUUUGGUGGUAAGUUUGGGAGUAUUGUGGUUAUGGUUAAUGCUUUGGCUAUUUUUGUUUACAACAGGGGAUGUCAUGUUUUUUUUUAUUAAAAUAUUUUUUUAUUUUUUUGAAAAAUUUGAAAUUUUUCUUUUUUUGAAAUUUAUGUAUGUAUGUCAAGUGAGGAAAAAUGUAGUGAUUUAAAAAAAACGGUUUGGGAAUGACAUUUUAUACCUAUUUUUAGAAGCUAGAACAGCUAAUGAAGGAAUUAGAAGAAGAAGAACGUCUACAGGUCAUUAAGCUUGGAGAUGCCUCAAUUGCCGCUCCAUUUACAUCGAAAUUUACUUCGAUUCAAUCAAGUAAGCGUUUAAUUAUAAUAUAAUCAAAUUUAUAGUGGAAAAAAUAAAAAUUCAAAAGCCAAUCAAAUAUAAAAAAUUUUUUGAAUUUGGUAAAGAAGUAGUAUUAUUAUUGUUUUUAUUACUAGACAAUGCAUUUUCAGUUUGCCAUGUAAUCAAGCAAGGUCGUUGCACAUUGGUCACAACUCUCCAAAUGUUCAAAAUCCUGGCCUUGAACGCUUUGAUCUCAGCUUACAGUCAAAGUGUCUUGUACUUGAAUGGAGUCAAGUUUUCGGAUUCACAAAUUACGGUACAAGGUCUGCUUUUGGCUUCCUGCUUCUUCUUUGUUUGUCGGUCUAACGUAAGUUUGCCGGGAGGUAACGUUUAUAAAGUUUUAUCUCUUUCUGGAUCAGGAAAAUGAUAAAUCAAGUUUUUUUAUGCGAAUUUUGAAAAAAUUUAAAAAUACACGGCCUAGUAGAGUUUGAUGGUUUAUUUUAUAGUAAAUUUUAAUAAACAUAACUUUUUUCAGCCCUUGAAAACUUUGUCAAAACAACGACCAAUCCCAAAUAUCUUCAAUGCCUACACUCUUCUAACAGUAACCCUACAAUUCGCUGUUCAUUUUGGAUUUUUGGUUGUGAUUUUUGAAAGAGUAUUGGAAAUUGAACCAAGGUAAGCUUGAAUAUGAGUACAGGGUUAUAUUUAUACGUUGUGGAAAUCUAGAUUUGUUUUUUGGAUAAAGUUGAAAUAAAUGACAUUUUUAAAGGUAGAUGAAUUUCGGGUUAAAUUUUGAGAGACAUACUGAUAAAAAGCUACUUUUUCAGAGGAGAAAAGAUCAAUUUGGAAGAGGAAUUUAAGCCAAAUUUGCUGAAUUCAGCCGUGUACAUCAUCUCAAUGUCACUACAGAUGUGCACGUUCGCUAUCAAUUACAGAGUAAGUUAUUUAGUUUUUAGAUUGCUUGGUUUAACCGUAAUGGUUAACUAAACUUUUAAAAGUGCUUUUAUAUGGUGUUGUUCAAAUAAUUCUGAGCUCCGUCUUAAACAAAAUUUUCUUAUUUAAGGGGCACAUAAUUAUUUGAACAAACUAAUGUUCUUUAAACUUUAAAUUUAGUUAAGAAACUAAAAUCAAUUUUUAGGGUCGACCAUUCAUGGAAAGCUUGACCGAAAACCGACCGCUUUUGUACUCGGUAAUUGGCUCUUUGACCGCCGUCUUUGCCCUAGCUUCGAACGCCGUACCAGAAUUUUCUCAAAAGUUUGAAAUUGUCGAAAUGCCAGAGGAAGUAAGUUGUAUUCAUAGGGUCUUUGAAACACAUUUACUGAUGGUUUAAAUACUAACAAUAGUAGUAAGGAAAAAUAAGGCAAUGUAGUAUAAUAUUUAAUUUACUAAAGGUAGUAAUUCAUUUACUCAAUAUAAAAUAUUAUUCUUUUGAAAACAAGGAAAUACAAAAGAUCACGAAAUCAAGAGAAUAGAAGAAGUAAAACAUGAAGUACAAUAAAUCAAUCAACUAAACUAUCAAAAACAACAAUAACUGAAUCACCAAACGAAAUUCAAAGACGACUAGACAAUAAUAACAUGACAAAACACAACUGAAUUUUAGUUUUUUAAAAAUUCUUGUUACACCAGUACCCUAAUGCUUAUAAUAGCUAAAACAGUAACAAGUUUACAUUAUUACAACAUUUCGUAUGUUUUAACGAUGUUUUUAAAGUUAACUUUACAGUUUUUACUCUUGGUUUAUUGUUAAAACGUCUGAGUGGGUCUUAAAAACCGAAUUUCGAAUUAAAGAACAUGAUAAAGUCAGUUUCAAUGUUUACAUUCGAAAAAUACCUGACAGUCUACGUUGUAAAAAACAAAAAAAAGGAGCUUGAGGUGUAACAAAUAAAUUAUAAGGAAAAGGAUUGUUAUAAUAAUAAACAGCAAGUUCCAAAGAUCACUAAACAUGAAUACUAUGAUAUUGUGAACUAAAUUUUGAAAUCUUUUGAAUAGGGCACAAAAGAUAUUUAUAAUAUACAGUAAAACUUCUUUAGUACGACUCUCUAGGAAGGGACACCCUGUUUAUAAUGACAGUUUUUGCCCGUGUUUUGUUAUAGAACCUCGUAUCAAAUAGUACCCGGGUAGUGUGACACACAGGUGAGAAUGGCAGCUUUGUACCAGGAUCUUGAGUGUAUACUAAAGAGGUUCAACGGUAUGAGAAAAAAAGUAUUUUAAAACCAUUGAGGAAGCUAUGGGUCCGUUUUUGAAACUGUAACACUGAAAUAAAGCUUCAUUGAAGAACGAAAAAACGAAUAUCUAACUAGGUUAUUUGGCAAAAGAUUACACAACUAUAUUUUUGGUUACAAUGUACUAUAAGAAUGUGAAAAAUUGGAAGUACAAGGAUGAGUAACAUGUUUUCCUCUGUUAAACAUUUGUCAACACUCCCCAAGAUUCUUAGAACAUGCACUUUACAUGUGGUUUUAACAACAAUCAAUUUGUUGUAACUUUGUCAUACAAUGCUUGGUUUGUCAUCCAGAUUUCUUUACACAAACCAUGAUUUUAGUUAACAAACAAAGAACUUUGGCAUGUCUUUUGAAAGCUUCAAUUUUAAUUUUAUUUAUCUUAUUCUUUUAAACUUUGAUUACAAGGAUAAGAUAAAGCUAAUUUGAAGUUAAAUUUGAAUUUUUUAAAGGCAUACUUAAAUUCUUUGUUUGAUAACUAAAGUCAUGUUUUUUAUAAAUAAAUUUGGAUGACAAACCAAGUAUUAUAUGACAAAGUUACAACCAAUUGAAAUGUUUUUGAACCCGCUAUGUAAAGUACAUGUUCUAAGAAUUUGAUGGAGUGCUAUCGAUGUUUAAUCGAAGUAAACAUGUUACUUGUCUUCCUACUUCCCGUUUCUUAUGUUCUUGUGGUAUUUUGUAAACAGAGGUAUGCUCAUGUUGUGUUUUGUUAAACGAACUUGUUAGAUAUUUGCUAUAAAUGGCAGGGAAUAGUUUUUACGUCUGAAUUAUUAGGUGGUUCAAAUGAUUUUGAACCUCCCUCAAAGAAAAAUUGUUGGGGGUAAGAGGCACAAAAUUAUUUAAUCAAACAAAUACGUACUUUUUUUAUAAUAAAAAAGUUGUAAUGCCAUUAAAGGUCAUCAAGAUGUUUAUCUUUUUUUAAUAUAAUAAUUACAGUGGCGGCAAGAAAAAAUGGGACACGAUGGUUUUAAGUAUAACUUUCUUGAAACUAAAAGAGUAAGGCUUAAAAUUUUUGUGAUUUUACAAUAUUCUUUUUGGCAACGAAAUUGCAAAAAAAAAUUUUUUUCUUAUUGGUACAAAAAAGUUACAGUAAUUCUACCGUACCUUGUACUUCCAAAGUAGUUGAAAAAAAUUUUUUUUAAAAAUCGGAGAUGUACGUUUUAUAGAGCACAAAAUGUUGUACAAGACCAGGAAGUUUUAAUAUUGUAUCUCCAAUGGUAAAAGAGUUACAGAUUUUUAAAAUUUAAAAAAACUUCCGGUUUUUCAAGCGGAAUCGAACUUUUUUGGUUUUUGAACAUUUUUAAAUGCCCUUACCUCAUUAACAAAAAACAAUUGAAAGAUAAAACUUUCUGAACUUGUACAACUUUUUAUGCUCUAUAAAACGUACAUCUUCAAUUUUUUUAAAAAAUUUUAUGCAAAUACUUUGGAAGUACAGGGUACGGUAGAUUUACUGUAACUCUUUUGAAUCAACAAGAAAAAACAUUUUUUUGCAAUUUCGUUGCCAAAAAGAAUAUUGUAAAAUCACAAAAAUUUUAAGCCUUACUCUUUUAGUUUCGAGAAAGUUAUACUUAAAACCGUCGUGUCCCAUUUUUUCUUGCCGCCACUGUAACAUUUAAAUUAAAAUUUAAUUUUCUAAAAAUUUUUUUUUUUAAUUUUUAAAUUUGAAAUUAAGUGCGUUUUUAGUUCCGGAACUUUAUGGUAAUGUGUGUUGCCGGAGACUUGAUACUGUCGUUCUCAAUCGACCGGAUCCUCAACUUUUUGAUUGGUGACCAACGAGCCUAG